CACUUUGUGAUGAGACCAUAGAGACUCUGAAAAUGGCUCUCCAAAAACUUGCUGCGUCCAUUGUGUUGACCAUUCUCAUUUGCAAUGGUUGUCAGGCACAACAGCAGCCAAGGUGUGGUAAUGUAGCUAUAAAAACCCGGAUUGUUGGGGGCCAGGAUGCAUCUCCGGGCCGCUGGCCCUGGCAGGUCAGCAUACAGGGAGAUAAUGGUCACUUCUGUGGGGGAUCCCUGAUCACCGACCAGUGGGUGUUGACCGCGGCUCACUGCAUUAGAGGUGACAUCCUCAUGUCUAAAGUUCAUUUGGGUGCCUACAAUUUAUCGGACCCCAACCCCAAUGAAGUGACUCGGGGGAUUGUGCAAGCCUUCGUGCAUCCCGAUUACAACUCUCAGACUUACAACAAUGACAUCGCUCUGCUGAAGCUGUCGACUCGCGUCAAUUUCACAGACUACAUUCAGCCGGUGUGCCUAGCUUCACAUAACAGCACCUUUCUUGAGGGUACCAACAGCUGGGUCACUGGUUUUGGUAGCCUUGGCAAUGGGACCUACCCUGACAUCCUGCAGCAGGUUGAAGUACCGAUCAUAGGAAAUAACAAGUGCUCAUGCUACAAUCAAGGCGUUGUGCAAGAGGUCACAGAGAACAUGAUGUGUGCUGGCCUUGAUGAGGGAGGAAAGGACUCGUGUCAGGGAGACUCAGGAGGACCGCUGGUGAUGUACAACAGUCUUGCGUGGGUCCAAGGUGGGGUGGUGAGUUUUGGUUAUGGCUGCGCUGUUCCAAUGAAACCCGGAGUCUACGCUCGAGUGUCCAACUAUCAGAAGUGGAUCAACGACACAGUCACUGGCAUGAAACCGAGCUUUGCUGAUUUCAUCUCCGACGGGUUUGAUUUUGACUCGUUGUUCACCUGCUCUACCUACAUGCCUCCCACCACCACUGAUGGCAGCCUCUUUGGCAGUGAGAGGGAAGAAAAUGCACCGCGACCGGAGAGGAGUUUGAAAAUGGCUUUCCCAAAGCUGACUGGGUUUGUCCUGCUGACCCUUCUGCUGUACAGUGGUUGUCAGUCACAACCGUUUGAAUGUGGCCGUCUGGCGACCAACACUCGAAUUAUUGGGGGUUUAGAUGCAAAUCUUGGGACGUGGCCGUGGCAGGCAAGUUUGCAUCAGAAUGGUUUCUCUUUCUGUGGAGGAUCGCUGAUCAACAAUCAAUGGGUCCUGACCGCUGCACACUGUGUAACAUGGUAUGACCUUUUCAUCACAGAAGUCCAACUGGGUAUUGUAGAACUGGAUGUUACUAGCCCCCAUCGGGUGAACGUAAAACUUGCUCAAAUCAUCUGCCAUCCUGAGUACGACUCUCGGACAUUUAACAAUGACAUUUGUCUUCUGAGGCUUUCAAAGCCUGUCAAGUUCACCAAGUACAUCCAACCAAUCUGCUUACCUUCUGAAACCAGCGAUUUCCAUGACGGGGAUAAGGCCUGGGUUACUGGUUUUGGUGUGACUGGUAAGAAACGCACGACUGCAACCGGAUCAUCAUCCAACAAAUUGAAGGAGGUAGAUGUACCAAUUGUUGGAAGAAAGAGGUGUACAUGCUAUUAUAAAAGGUCUGCCUUAAUCACAGACAACAUGAUAUGUGCUGGAUAUUUUAGGGGAGGAAAGGACGCAUGUCAGGGAGACUCCGGGGGCCCACUAAUGAUAAAAAAGGGCGGCAACUGGAUCCAGGCUGGGAUUGUGAGCAUGGGUGAAGGCUGUGCCCUCCCACUGACACCUGGAGUCUACACUAGAGUGUCCAACUAUGAGAGUUGGAUCAAAGACAUGGUCACUGGCACGAAACCGCGCUUCCUCACCUUCACUCCCUCUGGCAGUGACAAGGAUUCAAGUUACUUCUGUAACCUCGAUGGUUUGGUUGACGAGAAAGCUUUGGCUGGUGGUGAAAACCUGAGUCCUUUCAAUCACUCAUUGGCGUUCUCCAUUCUCACAACAUGUCUCCAUGUAUUUUUUGGCAAAGAAUACAUUUAAAUAUACAGUGACUUCCUGAGUGCUCAAA